UGACGUCACGCCACGGCAUUACCGGAAGGUCCUCCCGCGCUCCUCCUCCAUUCACUCCCUGGCGAAGAUGGCGGACGGCGAAAAUAAACGGGCCGAAUCCGCCGAGCCGGACGAGCCGCUACCGAAGAAACCGAGGCUUCUGGAGCUGUCCGGUGAUUCGGAGCACAGCGCGACCGCCGGUGCCGAUACAUUGGACGAGAAACCGGCGCGGAUGGACGAGUCACAGCAGGCCUUAUCGAUCAACAACAACAACAACACUAGACCGACUGAACCCGGGCAGCCAGCCGACCCGGAGCCCGAGAUCUCCGAGUUAACUGAUGAAGGUGUUCAUCCCAAUGGUUUUACAUCCCCUGAUCUUCUUCGGGACGAUGAUGACUGCUCAUCCCGUGCCAGCUCUAGCGACUGGACGCCUCAGCCACAGAUUGGGUCCUAUCGGUUCAUUCAGCAGCACAUCAUGAGAGGAACUGAUCCCAGAGCCAUUCUGAAAGAUUUGCUUCCUGAAACGGUGCUUCCUCCAGACCUGGACGACAUGACGCUGUGGCAGAUCAUCAUCAACAUCUCUGAGCCGCCCAAACGAAAGAAACGCAAAGACAUCAACACGUUAGAGGACGUGGUGCGGCUCCUGAACGAGAGGAAGAAGAUUCUGGUGCUCACCGGUGCUGGGGUGUCUGUUUCCUGUGGGAUUCCUGACUUUCGCUCUAGAGAUGGUAUUUAUGCUCGACUCGCUGUAGAUUUCCCAGACCUUCCUGAUCCUCAAGCCAUGUUUGACAUCGACUACUUCAGGAGAGAUCCCAGGCCUUUUUUCAAGUUUGCCAAGGAAAUCUACCCCGGACAGUUCCAGCCAUCUCCAUGUCACCGAUUUAUAUCAAUGCUGGACAAGAAGGGAAGGUUAUUGAGAAACUACACGCAGAAUAUCGACACACUGGAGCAGGUGGCUGGAAUACAGAAGAUCAUUCAGUGCCACGGGUCUUUUGCGACUGCCUCCUGUCUUAUCUGUAAGCAUAAGGUGGACUGUGAAGCCAUAAGAGAAGAUAUAUUCAACCAGGUUGUUCCUCAUUGUCCCAGGUGUCCGUCUGAUGUCCCGUACGCCAUCAUGAAGCCAGACAUCGUCUUUUUUGGAGAAAACCUUCCAGAGUUUUUCCACAGAGCCAUGAAGCAGGAUAAAGACGAGGUGGACCUCCUCAUCGUGAUCGGCUCCUCGCUGAAAGUGCGGCCAGUGGCUCUUAUACCCAGCUCGAUUCCUCAUGACGUGCCUCAAGUGCUGAUCAACCGUGAGCCGCUGCCGCAUCUGAACUUUGACGUGGAGCUCCUGGGCGAUUGUGACGUGAUCGUGAACGAACUCUGCCAUCGCCUGAACGGAGACUUCCAGCAGCUCUGCUACAAUUCAUCGCGUCUCAGCGAGAUCACAGAGAAACCGGCAGCUCCUGAACACACGGAGAACACGUCUGCAGAUCACUCUCAUGCUGAUGCUGAACAUAUCGAGAACACGUCUGCAGAUCACUCUCAUGCUGAUGCUGAACAUAUAGAGAACACGUCUGCAGAUCGCGAUGAUGCUAAACAUACAGAAAAUACACCUACAGAUCACGCUGAUGCUGAACAUACGAAGAACACGUCUGCAGAUCACGCUAAUGCUGAACAUACAGAGAACACAUCUGCAGGUCACGUUAAUGCUGAACAUAUAGAGCACAUGUCUAAAGAUCAUGCUAAUCCUAAAGACGAUCAGAGCUCACUAUCAGUUAAUGAAGAGGAAUUAGCGUCUCCAGCAGCAGAAACACACGCGCUGGACUCUACAGAGAUUUCAGCACACACAGAGAGGAGUAAAGAGGCCGAUGCUGUGAACACUGAUGAUGCAGCGUGUGUAAAAGAUGAAGAAAACACAGAUCGACUGCGCGUGGAAAUGCGCAGACGCUGCUGGAGGAGCCGAAUCUGUCAGAGUCCAAUCAGCAAACGACUCGGAGCGUCGCAGUAUUUAUUUCAAGCACCGAACCGUUAUGUUUUCCACGGGGCGGAGGUUUACUCGAGCUCAGAGGACGAGAGCUCCAGUUCGUGCGGCAGUGAAAGCGACGGAUCUUUCCAGCAUGAAGACAGCGAGGUGGAGGAAAACGGUGCAGCAAUGACGGAUAAGGAAACGGACACAGAAACAGUACAGGACAGUGAACACAGACGCCUUCAGACACACUGCACACAACACACACAAUAACUCACCAAUAGCUCUAUUUAAGUCUGUUUUCUAUGUUUUUUGUACUUUCCUCCUUCCUAAAUGCCUUCUAAUGCAUGCAGCUUCUCUCUUCCGCUCUUCUUUUGUCUGUUUAGUAUUUUUGCAUUUUUAUUUAGAUGUAAAAUAUACGUUUAAUAUAAGUCCAGCGAAUGUUUCCGCCUGAGAACACAGUGGAUCUUGCCAUGUAUUUGCUUGGGAUAAAAAAGGGAAUGAUUUUCAAACCAAAGAUCACUUUUCUGUUGUUGUUUUUCUGUUUGGUUUUCAUCGUUUGUUUUAUUUCCACUGAAUUGAUCAGUUUCUUUGCCAGCAUGUACAGCAAAACUGUGGCAUUUGCAGACGUUUGGCAGCUUCGCUCAGCCUACUGUUGAAGACUUUUAUACCCAGUAAAGUUUGAUAGUCCUCAACUUGGUGAUUUUCA